GCGACUCUGGGACACAUUUUGUCAGCAACCAGCAAGCAUGGCUCUGUGGUAAUAGAAUAGCCCGUGUAAUUUGACACUUCAACUUGCCGUGCACUACGUUAGUUGAUUCAGACAGUCACGCUAACGAAACGCCGUGCGCUUUUCUCCCAGUGUUUGUGAAGUGUGAGGGGAGAAAACAGAUCGCAACUUCAAAUCCAGGAGAUUUUCGGCGCCGUGCUGUGAUUGGACCUGAAUGUGCGGUGGACCCUAGUGUAGACGGGAUCUCACGGAGGGACCUUCUCCACGGACUAUAUGAAGGGAGGGGAGGGGGAGGGGGAGGGGGCUGCUGAUGUUACUCCCAGCUUGCAGAACACACAGAUCACUUCUAUGAUUGAUGAGGGAUAUGUGAGUGAAUUUGCCAAACACUGAACAAAGAAAUCUACUGCAUCCUCCGAGAGAAGAACUUUAAUGGCUUCCAGGUAGUGAGAAAGAGGCAGCAGUCAAGAUGAACUCGAUUCCUUCGAUGGAUAGGCACAUACAGCAGACCAAUGACAGGCUGCUGUGCAUCAAACAGCACUUACAGAAUCCGGCCAAUUUCCAGACAGCGGCCACAGAACUGCUGGACUGGUGCGGAGACCCACGAGCCUUCCAGCGGCCAUUCGAGCAAAGCCUUAUGGGAUGCUUGACGGUUGUCAGUCGCGUGGCAGCGCAGCAGGGUUUCGACUUGGACCUCGGCUAUCGGCUCCUGGCCGUGUGCGCGGCAAACCGCGACAAGUUCACCCCUAAGUCAGCAGAAACCACCACCUGCAGGAGAUGUCAGAGUGACACAGCUCUCCUUUCGUCCUGGUGUGAGGAGCUGGGACGGCUGCUCUUGUUGCGGCAUCAGAAGAAUCGUCAGAGUGAUCCACAGGGCAAAGUACCCUUGCAGCCGCCCAUGAACUCCAUGAAGCCCUCGCUCUCACAUGGUGAUGGGUCCUUUCCAUAUGACAGCGUUCCCUGGCAACAAAACGCUAACCAGGCCCCUGGCUCAUUGUCAGUGGUUACGACGGUGUGGGGCGUUACCAAUACAUCACAAAGUCAGGUAUUGGGUAACCCCAUGGCCAAUAGCAACAAUCCCAUGAACCCUGGAGGCAAUGCACUAGGGUCAGGUAUGUCAGCCAACAACCCAGGGAUCAACUCACCUCAGUUCCCUGGCCAACAACAACAGUUUUCAGCCAAAGGGGGAUCCAACCAGGCCUACAUGCAGCAAAGCAUGUAUGGGCGUCCAGGGCACCCAGGAGGAGGAGGUUUUGGUGGAAGUUAUCCGGGUGGGCCGAAUGCUCCAGGCGGUAUAGGCAUGCCCCCUCAUACACGACCGCCCUCGGAUUUCACCCAACCUGCUGCUGCUGCCGCCGCCGCCGCUGUUGCUGCUGCAGCCGCCACCGCAACAGCUACUGCCACAGCAACCGUGGCGGCCCUGCAAGAGACCAACAAAGACAUGAACCAGUACAACCAGGUCUGCUCCUCUUUCCAGAUGGGGCCUACGCAAGGCUACAACAGCCAGUUCAUGAACCAGCCAGGGCCCCGUGGGCCCCCGUCCAUGGCUGGAGGCAUGAACCCAGCUGGUAUGGGUGGUGGCAUGAAUAGCUCCAACAUGAGUGGCCCGCUGAUGGGUAUGAACCAGCCCAGAGGCCCAGGGAUGGGGCCCUUUGUUGGCCACGGCCAAAGGAUGCCUCAGCAGGGUUACCCUGGACCCAGACCUCAGUCCAUGCCUAUUCAGGGCACCAAGAGGCCCUAUCCAGGAGAGCCUAAUUAUGUAGGCCAGCAGUUUGGACCCAAUGGCCAGUUUCCCAACCAGCAAGGGCAGUACCCUAACCCAAAUGCUUCUAGAGCUCUUCCUUCACCCAAUUACCCUGGGCAAAGGAUGCCGGGACAACAGGGCUCAGGCCAGUAUCCCCCUACUGGGGUAGCCAUGGGCCAAUAUUAUAAGCAAGAGCCAUUUAAUGGUCAGAACAACAAUUUCUCUGGAGGUGGUUAUGGGUAUAAUCAAGGAAAUGGGCCUCCUCGGCAGGUGGUGAACUACCCACACUCGCCAGUUCCUGGGAACCCCACGCCACCCAUGACCCCUGGAAGUAGUAUACCUCCGUACCUGUCACCCAAUCAGGAUGUCAAGCCCCCGUUUCCUCCAGACAUGAAGCCAAACAUGACGUCUCUGCCUCCACCUCCAACCAACCCCAACGAGGAGCUUCGUCUGACAUUCCCCGUGAGAGAUGGAGUGGUGCUGGAGCCCUUCAGAUUAGAGCACAACCUGGCCGUCAGUAACCACGUCUUCCAUCUGCGCCCCUCCGUCCACCAGACGCUCAUGUGGAGAUCUGAUCUGGAGCUGCAGUUUAAGUGCUAUCAUCAUGAGGACCGACAAAUGAACACCAAUUGGCCCGCAUCCGUCCAAGUCAGCGUCAACGCCACCCCCCUCACUAUUGAGAGGGGCGAAAAUAAGACAUCCCACAAACCCCUGCACCUAAAGCACGUGUGUCAGCCAGGGAGAAACACCAUCCAGAUUACGGUCACAGCCUGCUGUUGUUCGCACUUGUUCGUGCUGCAGCUGGUCCAUAGGCCAUCGGUGAGAUCGGUUCUGCAGGGGCUCCUGAAGAAGAGGCUCCUUCCUGCGGAACACUGCAUUACCAAAAUUAAAAGAAACUUCAGUAGCGUAGCAGUGUCCUCUGGGAAUGCCACACUAAAUGGAGAGGAUGGAGUAGAGCAGACAGCCAUCAAAGUGUCCCUCAAGUGUCCAAUCACAUUCCGACGGAUCCAGCUCCCUGCUAGGGGACAUGACUGCAAACACGUGCAGUGCUUUGACUUGGAGUCCUAUCUGCAGCUGAACUGUGAGAGAGGAACGUGGAGAUGUCCUGUAUGCAAUAAAUCAGCAUUACUGGAAGGGCUGGAGGUGGAUCAGUACAUGUGGGGAGUUCUCAAUGCGAUUCAAAAUUCAGAGUUUGAAGAGGUCACCAUCGACCCUUCGUGUAGUUGGAGACCGGUGCCCAUAAAGUCAGACAUUCAUAUAAAGGAGGACCCAGAUGGCCCUCUGGCCAAGCGUUUUAAAACCAUGAGUCCUAGUCAAAUGAUCUUGCCUAAUGUGAUGGAUAUGAUCGCCCAGCUGGGUCCCGGCCCUUCACCCUACACCCCCCUCCCCCCUCAGCACGGAGGAAACAAUGGCGAAUAUGGGGGCCAAGGCAAUAGUUACCAGGGCCAUGGAAACUUUGACUUCUCCCACAGUAACUCUGGUGGCGGAGCUCCCAUGAAUGACUUCAUGCACGGACCCCAGCUCUCACAUCUACCAGACGUGCCCAACAGCCUCAUGGCCCCUGACAAGACUCUCGUCCACGGCAUGUCUGACUCGAUUCCCCAUACUGUGAACGCUGAACUAAAAGAAACGCUCUUUGGGCUAUUCGAUAGUAAAUGA